AUGAAUCCCGUCAACACGAAACCAUACAAGAUCCCCUCUGAUGCGAUCUGGUUCAUCACUGGUAGCUCACAGGGCAUCGGACGAAACUUAGCCGAGCUAGUUGCACAGAACCCGUCAUCCCGCCUCAUAGCCACUGCGCGUAACACAGCUGAUUUAUCCUAUUUGCCCGACUCCAAUCCCAACGUUCUCAAAAUCAAGUUGGACGUGUCUUCCACGUCUUCGGUCCAAGAAACCUUCGAUACAGCAGCCGCACACUGGGGCGGUCCAGAGAAGAAGUUGCGCGUUGAUGUUGUCAUCAACAAUGCCGGAUACUCACUGUCUGGCGACACGGAAAACGCAACGGACCAGCAGAUUCAGCGUCACAUGGAGACUGUGUUCCAUGGCACAGCCAGAAUCACCAUGCAGGCCGUGAAAAGUAUGCGUGAAGGGUCUGCUGAUGGACGCGGCGGCUUGAUCAUCAAUAUCUCCUCGACCGCUGGUCUACGUGCUUUGCCCGGUACUGCAUACUACCAUGCGAGCAAGUAUGCAGUCGAGGGAUUCACCGAGUCGGUGGCUAGAGAGAUGCACCCGGAUUGGAACAUCAGCUUUUGCCUCAUCGAGCCAGGAAUGGUAAAGACCAAUUUUGAGUCCACGUCCAAGGACAAGAUUCCUCCCCAUCCUGGAUACCAAGCCCCUGGCACACCUCGUGUCGCCCUCGCCGAGUAUGUGGCAGAAAACGUCUCUGCCGGCUCAGGUGCUUCAGCAGACCUGGUUGUGCAGACAAUCUUAAACGUUGCCUAUGCCAGCUUUGUGGAAGAGCUGGACAAUCUAAGGGAGCAAAGUCUGAUGGGUGGUACCCCAAGAAACUUUUAA